AUGCUUGCUAACAGUUGCAUUCUCAUUUUCGCUGUUUUGCGAUAUACAGCUGCGCAAAAGCCAUCGAAACGAAUCAAAAUUUAUGCGCGCGCAACAGUUUUAUCACCCUCAGAAGUACAACGACCGAAAGAGACAGAAAACAAAAGUACACCUACUGUCGAUAAAGGCAAAAAACGCGUCAAAGUGAUUCAUAAAGGCGAAGAAACUACCACCAGAAGAAAAGCCGCUACUGUCACUGCUAGUUCUGCAGUAACGCAAUCAGAACAAUAG